UCAAACAUCUUAAUAUUAAGCGAACCCGACAAUUCCGGAAACGACAGGGGGAGUUUAAAGUUUGCCGCGUCGCCUGUUCUCACUGAAUUUUAUUUGUGUAAAUAGCUCAUUAUUGUUGUUUUGUUUUUGUCCUUGUAACAUUAUGAGGCGAACAAGAACCUCGAGAAAUAAAAGCCAGUGUGUGAAAGAAACAGAAGAAUCCCGGUUAAAAACAGUGUGGCAGUGGAGGGGAGAUGAUGGCCAGUGGGAAGCUUAUUCUCCUUCGGCCUCUGCGAUGUUGGACUCCGCCGUCUCCUCAGGACAAACCUCUUUCACUCUGACUUUAGAUUCUGGUGCCUCCUACAAUGUGGACCUUAAGAAGAUGGUCCAGAUUAAUCCUGUCACCAAGUACAAGAGGAAGAUUCGCUGUCAGAAAGUUAAACAAGAAGUCUUGAAUGAAAGCAGCGACUUGACUGUUAGUCAUGACACUGUAGUUCAAAUUAAAGAGGAGCUUAAGGAGGAGGAGCGGGAGGAGGAGGAGAAGGAACAACCUGCAGCCAAGAGGAAACGAUCGCAGAAGAACGAAAAAACACCCGAUGGGGAAACAGAAUGUGACGCGGUGAGGACCGUGGUCAUGAAGGGAAAAGCUCCAGUAGAUCCUGAAUGUAAAAGUAAAGUUGGAAAGGCUCAUGUUUAUUGUGAAGGAAGUGACGUUUAUGACGUGAUGUUAAAUCAGACAAACCUGCAGUUUAACAACAAUAAGUUCUACCUGAUCCAGCUGCUGCAGGACGACAGCUCCAAGGUGUACAGUGUGUGGAUGAGGUGGGGCAGAGUGGGUCAGCCGGGUCAGAACAGCCUGGUCGCCUGCGGCAGUGAUCUGUUAAAGGCCAAAAAUGUCUUCAAGAAAAAGUUUUCAGACAAGACCAAGAACGAGUGGGAAUACAGAGAGACGUUUGAGAAAGUGCCCGGAAAAUAUGACAUCGUCUACAUGGACUAUAACACAGAUGAGAAAAAGGAGGAGAAGCUCGGGUCGACGUCCAGCACCGAGGUCCAGAAGAAGCCCUCGAGGCUGAAUCCAAAGGUCCAGUCUCUGCUGCAGCUCAUCUGUGACCUAAAGGCCUUAGAGGAGUGUGUGCUGGAGAUGAAGUUUGACACCAAGAAAGCUCCUCUGGGAAAACUGACCUCGGAGCAGAUCCGUUCAGGCUACACUGCGCUGAAGAAGAUCGAGGAGUGUCUGAAGAACAAGAGCAGCAGGAAGACGCUGGAAGACGCCUGCAACCAGUUCUACACCCGUAUCCCUCAUAAUUUUGGGUUGAAACGUCCACCAAUCAUUGACUCCCAGGCAGAGCUGAAGGAGAAAAUUGCCCUUUUAGAGGCACUGAGUGACAUUCAGAUCGCGGUGAAGAUGGUGCGGUCCAGUAACGACGGUGAUGAACAUCCUCUGGACAGACAGUACCAGAACCUCCACUGUGGUCUGCAGCCUCUGGACUCCUGCACCCACGAGUUCAAGGUGAUAGAACAGUACCUGCAGUCCACGCACGCCUCCACCCACAACACCUACACCAUGACUGUCACCGACAUCUUCUCAGUGGACCGGGACAGAGAGAGCGCCAACUUCCUGUCACAGCUGCACAACAGGACUCUGCUGUGGCACGGGUCCCGUCUGUCUAACUGGGUGGGCAUCCUCAGUCAGGGGCUCAGAGUGGCCCCCCCCGAAGCACCGGUCACUGGAUACAUGUUCGGUAAAGGGAUCUACUUUGCGGACAUGUCGUCAAAGAGCGCCAACUACUGUUACCCCAGUCAGAAUAACAACGUUGGACUGUUGCUGCUGUGCGAGGUUGCACUAGGAAACAGCAACGAGCUGCGAGACGCAGACUACAAGGCCGGCGAGCUGCCCACGGGCACACACAGCACCAAGGGUCUGGGAAGGACCAGGCCUGACCCCAAGAACUCAGUUACGCUGGACGGGGUCACGGUGCCCAUGGGCCCGGGGGUGACCACCGGGGCGACUCAGAGCCACAGUUACUCCCUCCUCUACAAUGAGUUUGUGGUUUACGACCCGGCUCAGACCCGCAUGAGGUACCUGCUGAGGAUCCAGUUCAACUUCUCUCGUACACUGUGGUGAAGUCCAGACAGAGCUGAGGUUCAACAGGAGAGAAUUCUCCAGAACACAAACGACGACGGUGUUGGCUCUGACGUUGAACCGAAAAUCUGUUCAUCAUCUGAUCUUCAUGUAAAAGUACAAAACUGUCAUUUUUCCACUUUUCCUUCUGAUUCCACAUGAAAUGAAACAACCUGUGACGUUGGUCUGUUUUAAUAAGGUGGAAAAAAAGAUGUGGAACUCUUUUAUCAACUACUGUCGUUUCCUUUGCUUUUUUUUACAUCUGUCUGUUUUAAUUGUUUUUUUUUUCAUAAAUAAACAAGACAAAAAAUGUCAGUUGAUUUUUAUUUGUGUAAAGACAAAAACAUUUGUUGAUGAAAUGACUCACGAAACAGGAAACAUGUACAGUAUUCACAUUAUUGAUCGGGUUUUUCAUUACGACACACAGUGGAAUGUGUGUGGAUAUGUGUGUGUGUGUGGUGUACAUUUUGUGUUUGUACAGUUUCACCUCCAGCCCAGCAGGUAGAGGAAGAUGAGGAUGAUGUCCAGGUAGAGGGUGAGGGCAGCGGUGACGUACUCCUCAGGAUCCAGACGGAAACUGAACAGCCCCACCAUCAGUUGACAGUCCAACAUCAAAAACUGUGAAUAGAGCAGGGCUCCCAGACAGCCGUAGGCCACAUCAGUGAUGUAGGAGUAGUAGAAGGUGCAGAUGAAUCCAAACAUGAUCAGGUCCAUGGCCAGAAUCAGCAGGGCGCCAGAAAAUAUGGUGAAA